AUGGCGUCGAGUUUGCCAUGGCAUCCUCUACUCUCCUCCAAGCCCCAAAAGCGUAAUUUUUAUCGGCCAAAUCCCAUUCCAAUUCGCCAAGUAGCGAGGUUCCGAGCCUUCAGGCGCAGCGACAUCGAUGGAUUCGCCCAGCGCGUGACCUCCGGCGAACUGUGGCGUGACGCGUGGCGGAGAGCUAACGACGGGUUCGAACAGUUCGUUUACGACACCAGGAAGACGGCGGAGCGAAUUGACCGGAGGUACGCCGUCUCGAGGCGUCUAUCGUCUGUGGCGCAGUCCGCCGCCUACCGAGCUCGUGAGCUCGACCGGGAGUUUGAAAUUACUCAAAAAUGGCGGACUUUUUCGAUGGAUUUUAGCAGAGAUUUGCCGACGUACAGGAGGCAGAUCACUGAUUUUCUGGAUACUCCUUUGGGGAGAAGUUUUGCGACACUUCUGUUUGUAUGGUUUGCUCUCUCAGGAUGGUUAUUUCGAAUUUUGAUUUUCGCAACAUGGGUAUUGCCGCUUGCUGGACCUCUCUUGAUUGGGGCUGUUGCUAAUAAUCUCGUCAUUAAGGGAGAAUGCCCAGCUUGUAGGAGGCCAUUUGUCGGGUAUAAGAAUCAAACUGUAAGAUGUGCCAGUUGUGGAAGUAUUGUGUGGCAACCACAAGGAGAUUUUUUCUCUCGAGGCAGUAGAGGUGGCUCGACUUCCUCUUCCAAGUCUCAACCGGACAUCAUUGACGUCGAGUUUGAAGAGAAAUGA